AUGGAUUCCCUCAGCACAGCAAACCUUGAAUUUUGCCUUGAUAUGUUUAAAGAGUUGAACAAUAACCACGUGGGAGAUAAUAUCUUCUUUUCCCCGCUGAGUUUGCUUUAUGCUCUAAGUAUGAUCCUCCUUGGUGCCAGAGGAAACAGUGCAGAACAGAUGCAAAAGGUGCUUCACUUUAAUCAUGUUGCAGAGUCAUUAAGGCCAGAUCAGGACUCGGCUAAGUGUAGCCAAACUGGAAGGAUUCACUCAGAGUUUGGAGCCCUGUUCUCUCAGAUCAACCAGCCAGACUCUAACUAUACCCUCAGCAUCGCCAACAGACUCUACGGGUCACAGGGGAUGACAUUCCAUCAGCAAUAUUUAAGUUGUUCUGAGAAGCUGUAUCAAUCCAGGCUGCAAGCCGUUGAUUUUCAAAAGUCUACAGAAGAAACGAGGCAAGCUAUUAAUGCUUGGGUUGCGCGUAAAACUAAUGGAAAAAUUACAAACCUCUUCGGGAAGGGCACAAUUGACCCUUCUUCUGUGAUGGUCCUGGUGAAUGCCAUAUAUUUCAAAGGACAAUGGCAAAAUAAAUUUCAGGAAAGAGAGACUAUUAAAACACCUUUCCAGCUAAGUAAAGCGAAGAGCGUGAUCGUGGAAAUGAUGCAGCAGACGGGAACGUUUAAACUGGCCUUCAUAAAGGAGCCGCAGAUGCAGGUGCUGGAGCUGCCCUACGUGAACCACAGACUGAGCAUGAUCAUCCUGCUUCCCGUGGGCACGGCUAGUCUAGAGCAGGUAGAGAAGCAGCUGAACCUGAAGACGUUUCGCAAGUGGACCAGCUCCUCCAACAUGAGGGAAAGAGACGUCGAGGUCCAUUUGCCCCGAUUCAAGCUGGAGAUAAAGUAUGAGCUGAACUCCCUGCUAAAAUCCCUCGGGAUGACAGAUGUCUUCCACCAGAUCAAAGCUGAUCUGUCUGGAAUAUCACCAGCCAGGGGCCUGUAUUUAUCAAAGGUCAUCCACAAGUCAUAUGUGGAUGUCAACGAAGAGGGCACGGAGGCAGCAGUGGCCACUGGGGACAACCUCGUGGUCAAAAGACUCCCCAUCCGAGCUCAGUUCAUGGCGAACCACCCUUUCCUGUUCUUCAUAAAGCACACUGGCACCAACACCAUUCUCUUCUGUGGCAAGCUCGCCUCUCCCUCUCCCUCUCCCUAA